AUUCUUGAUCAGCAAAUCCUAACUCUAAUCAAUAUAGUUUAAAACAUGUCGUGUGAGCGUCCAAAAAAAUUUUACGAUAGAACUUGCCUGCAGGACACAACAAAACAGGUGUGAAAAAGAUUUUCAAAUCAGUAUAACACUAAAACGGCACCACAGAAGCAUAAUCAUCACCCUUCUACAUGUACCUUUAACAGUAAAUAGUUCAACCAAUAGGCACUUAUAUACAAAGACUUGUCAUUUAUUCCAUCAUAAUAUUUUUUUUCAAAGUCAUCCUGUCUAGAAGUUGUCAACCAUAAUCUUAUUUUUUACAUUCAUUUUUAUUAUAAUCAUACAAGUAGUCAAUGGAACAGCAAAUUCAACUGGCCGUAGAUAUUGCACUUAGUGGUACUGCCGACCCCAACUUGAAAAAUCAAGCAUUUCAAUUUAUUGAACAAAUAAAAUCAACUCAAGAAGGAUAUAAUUCAUGUGUUGAAAUUCUAUUGAAAUCUUCAUCUCAAUCAGUUAAUGAAGGUUUAAAAUUCUUUGCAUAUCAAGUUAUCGAUGAAUAUAUUGAAAAUUUAUCAGAUGAUCAACUCUUUUCAUUAAAUUCAAAAUUAUUUGAAUUAUUGGCAGGUUAUAUAACUAAUGAUAUUAGUGAUCCUAUAUAUUUAAAGAAUAAAUUAGCUCAAAUAUUUGCCAAAUUAUUUCGUUAUGUUUAUUUAACAGUUUAUCCAAAUUUUAUAAAAGAUUUACAUACUAUCAUAUCAUCCAAUAAUCAAUAUGCUCUUGAUUAUUAUACAAGAAUUAUAAUAGCUAUUCAUUAUGAAGUUGGAGAUAAAUUUGUUAAUAGAAAUGAUAACCUUCUUGAAAGAAAUACUUUAUUAAAAGAUGCUAUAAGAGCUAAUGAUAUGAAUUCUUUAGUAGCAGUAUGGUCAAAUAUUUUAACUCAAAUAUCAAAUUCUCCAGAAAUUUUAAAUAAUACACUUACAAUUGUUGGCCAAUAUAUUAGUUGGAUGGAAAUUGGUUUAUUUGUAUCAAAUGAUUUUAUUAACAGCAUAUUUCAAUUUUUAAAUCGAAAAGAUCAAAGAAAUAUUACUUGUAGUACUUUAAUAGAAAUUAUCUCCAAAAAGAUGAAACCAAAUAAUAAAUUAGAAUUACUUUCCCUUUUAAAUCUUACAUCUGUUAUUAAUUCUAUAGAUGCAAGUGAAGAUGAUCUUGAUUUUGAUGUUAGCAUUUCUAAAUUAGUUAAUCAAGUGGGUAUUGAACUUUUAAUUGUACUUGAAAAUGAUCCAACAUUAAUAAUUCCAGUUCAAGAACAAUUUGUCAAACUUUGGCCUCUUGUAUUAAAUUUUCUUUCUCAUGAAUAUGAUGAUGUAUCUCAAGAAGUAUUUUCAUUCAUUCAACAAUAUUUAUUAUUAGGUAAAAAAUUAAAUGCCUUAGUUUCAGUUAAUUUAAUGUCAACUUUAUUAAAUAAAGUUAUCUUAAAGAUGAAAUAUGAUGAUUCUUCUGAUGGUAUAGAUGAUGAAGAAGAUGAACAAUUUCUUGAAAUUAGAGCCAAACUUAAAACUUUUCAAGAUACUAUAGCAGUAUUAAAAUCAGAUUUAUAUUUAGAAGCUAUACCUGUUGUUAUUAAUGAAUCUGUCUUUAAAAAUGUAAAUGAUUGGAGAAGAAUUGAAUUGGGAUUAUUUGAAUUAAAUAACUUUUCUGAAAGUUUAAGAAAUAAUUUAAUUAAUCUUCCUAAAAAUGAAAUUAAUAAUAGUAAACCUUAUAUGAUUUUCCAAGAAUUUUUAAUUAAAUUAAUUAAUUCAAAUAUAAUCAUUGAAAUUAAUCAUCCAAAAGUUCAAAUUGAAUUUUUUGAAAUCAUUGUUAAACAUUAUACAUUUUUAACAUCACAAUCAAAUCAACAAGAAUUAGUAAUUCGAAUUUUAGAAAUUUUUACUAGUCCAUUUGGUUUAACUAAUGAGAAUGAAAAAGUUAGAUUAAGAAGUUGGUAUUUAUUUUUCCGAUUUGUAAAGCUUACUAAACCAACAUCAAAUGAUGUUUCAUUUGUUGAAUUAAUUAUUGGUAAACUUAGACCAUUACUUUCUAUUAAAGCAGAAUUACCAACUACUGAUGAAGAUGAUGAUGUAAUUGAUAAUGGUAAUUUUAAUAAUCAAUUAUAUUUAUUUGAAAGUGUUGGAUUAUUAAUAUCACUUAUACAAAAUAAUCAUUUAUCUCAAAAAUUACGAUUUAUUGAUUUAAUUUUUGAACCUUUAUUUAAUGAUUUGGAACAAUGUAUUCGUAGUUCUGAUCAAGAUAAAACUACUCAACCAUUAAUUGCUUUACAAGCUCAUCACUCUUUAAUGGCUAUAGGUACAUUUGCUAGAGGAUAUGAUCAUGAUCAAAUUAAAUAUUCUCCAGAAGUAAUUGCAAAAAUAAAUAAUGCUGCACAAGUUGUUUUAAUAACCUUAGAGAAUUUUUCUAAACAUGAAAUAAUUAGAGAUUCUUCUAGAUUUGCAUUUGCUAGAUUUAUUCCAAUUUUAAAGAGUCAAAUUAAUGUUCAUUUAACAAAAUUAGUAAGUUUAUUUUUGGCAGCUAAUAAUUUGAAGAUUAGUGAAUUAAGUGAUUUUUUAAGUUUUCUUGGUCAAAUUGUACAUAAUUAUAAAAAUGAUGAGAGUAUGUAUCAAUUAUUAAAUAAUUUAUUAACACCAUUAGUUAAUAAGAUAUAUGAAAUAUUGGCAACUACUGGUUCAGAUGAUCAACAUAUAAUUUCUGAUAAGUAUCAACUUAAACGUGCAUUUUUAAAUUUCCUUAGUUCUAUAGUAAUUAAUAAUUCAUCAAGUUUAUUAGUUACAGAAACUAAUAAACAAAAAUUUCCAGAAAUUGUUACCGGACUUUUUGAAUAUGCUUAUGAUUUAAAUGAAACAACAGUAUCUAAAUUAGCCAUAACUCAACUUAUUAAUAUUGUUAAUAUCUUUGGAGAUAAGGGAAAAAUUAGUGAUAAAGAAGAUAAAUAUGGUCAAUCAUUACCAGCAAUUGAUGGAAUUGAAGAAUUCUUAAUGAGUAAAGUUACUCAACUUUCAUUUGAAUUACCAUUUCAAAAGCAAGAAUUUGAUUUAAAAGAUGCUCAAUAUCGUUUAAUGGGUCAAGAAAUCGCUCUUUUAUUAAAGACAUUCCAACAACGGAAAAAUGAUGAAUUUACAAAUUAUCUUUCAAAUUAUCUCACUAAUAUGGGAUUAUCUCAAGAUCUUACCAAUGACUUCUGCACUAAUUUGGUAUCAUCGGAUAUCAAACAAUUCAAAAAGUAUUUUAUAACGUUUGUAACAAAAUUAAAGGGUAAUAAAUAAUACAAUUACAAUUACAAUUACAAUUACAUUCACACUUACACUAAAGGGGAAUAUUAUAUUACGCAAGCGGAUACAAACUCCGACUACAGAAUAAAUCGGCGUACUAUCACACACUCACACACUCACCAUGUAAAUAUACUAUACUAUAUAAUUUUGUCUUUUAUAUAAAAAUCCGCACCGUUGCAUAAUUAGUUAAUAUACAGUACCAGCCAAUUUUUUAGUUUUAGUUUUUGUAUGCGAUG